AUGGCUGCUCCCAAGAAAGGUGAUCUUUCAGCACACGAGCGGGAAAUAUUUAAGGUUAUUGCUGCAGGUGAUGUGCAAUAUGUUGUAGAGCUGCUGGGCUCCAAUGAUGUCAGAGUCAACUGUCUGAUGAGCCUGUUGAAGGGGAGGGAUGGAGAUGGUUUUCCUCAGUACCAGGAGAAAUUUCCCUACUGUGAAGCCGCACUGCUACAUCAGCAGGUCAUGAGCAUCGCACCAGUGGAGAUCGGUAACGACCGGACAGCGUUCUCAGUGUUAAGCCAGGCUCUCACGGGUAAGAUGACCUUCAUAGAUGCUGAUUUCUGCACUACGUGUGGCGAGAGAGGGGCAGAGAAGAGAUGUUCCCUCUGCAACAUGGUGACUUACUGUGGCCUGAUUUUUCAGCGACUCCACUGGCCCACCCAUAAGAUCUGUAGAGGACCGCAGGAGAAGGAUACCCCGAGACUGAGGGAGCACUGUGAUGAGGAGAGUGACAUGGUAAAGGAGACAGCCAGCUUCCUGGCAGAGCUGUGGUUUUAAGGCAGAGGAGCAUGGCGUCGUUAGGGUGUCCCAGUCCCUCAGUGCCAGACCAGCUAAACUGCCCCUCCACAUCCUCAGAGGGACCAUCAUCCUGCCACCAGGAAUGAGAACGACUGCUGGUGUUCUUCUCUACUGGGUAGUUAAUUGAUUCAUUGAUUAAUGUUACUGAUUAGCCAGAGUACAGUGAUAUUAAUAAUGAAGUUAUAUUGAACUGAAUUGAUUCCAUUCACUUGGUGUAUGAGGUCUGAAUCAAUCCCUGAUUUAAAGGGGAAUGAUGAAAAUCAGCAUUAUUACUGAUUGGCCAGGAUGUCCAGAUUGAGAGGGGAGAGUGAGGAUGAAUGCUUUAUUCACCAAGCAGCUGGACUCAGGGUGUAUUCAGGGUGUGUAUAUGAUGUACAAUAGCAUAUUGUGUCUUAAAAUAACAAUAACAAUUUCCUCCCUUCCCUUACAUUAGUAAUGUGAAAAAUGCUUUCAUGUAUAAAUAGGACCACCUUACUGAACAAUACCUGUCAUUGUUAUGGCAGUGGAUAAGACACACAAUAUGUGUUACUCUAAACUCCUUGUGAUUUCCUUCUAUAACUUGAGACCCAUGGCUUAUCUUACCAGUGAUGUAUCCAUAUCAGUCCACAUCACAGAUGAUCCACGGAUGGCCCAAUGACCAUCUGACUUCAAUGCUGGACCAAA